AUCAAAUUCUGCAUGAUCAGAACCGUUCGAUCGGCGGUUUCCCCAGUCAUGUACGACUCCACACUAUUCGCCGCUUAAGGUUUCCCCGCAAUUGAGAUUGGACGGUGUGGAUAGCAACCACGAGGCUAGUAAAUCAAGCUCGAAUCAUGCAGAUGGUGUAUAAAGACUUCCUGCCCAGGGUGUUUGUGGGGCAUCAUCAACACCGUGGUGUUGGCCAGCGUCCUCGUCUUAGACCCUUCUAUCUUUCGGUCCGUUGAGAAGUCCGACCAUUUACCAUGGCCGAGGACAAAACCUCCAUCUCCAAAGUCUCGCUCGAGCAAAUCGAAACAUCCAGCCCCUCCACGGAUAUCCCCGAAAUCUUGCGCCAUUACACCCGCGACGAACUCGCCGCGCUUGAAAAGAAGCUCGUCCGCAAAAUCGACGUUCGAUCCCUCCCUAUCCUAAUCAUCCUGUUCCUGCUCAACAUCCUCGACCGCAAUGCCAUCGCCAACGCACGCCUGGGUGGGCUUGAGAAGUCGCUGGGUAUCACCGAUGUGCAGUAUCAGACGGCUGUCAUGGUGCUUUGGGCUGGUUACAUCUCCAUGAUGGUACCGUCAAACAUGCUGCUCUCGAUCUCUAAGCCAAGGGUGUAUCUGCCGACAGUUGUGAUCGUCUGGGGCAUCGUCUCAGGUUCGACCGGAUUCGUGCAAAACUACAGCGGAUUGGUCGCGUUGAGGUUCCUUGUGGGUGUGACAGAGGCCCCAUACUUCCCUGGCUGCAUCUUCUUUCUUUCUUGCUGGUACCGACGGUCUGAACUCCCGUCCAGAAUCGCUACUUUCUACUCCGGAUACACCCUCUCGUCUGCCUUCGGAGGGCUGAUCGCUGCCGGGAUUGUCGAUGGAAUGGAGGGCGCUGGCGGAUAUCCCUCGUGGAGAUGGAUCUUCAUUCUCGAAGGCGCGCUCACGGUCAUCUUAGCCUUCCUGGGCUACAUUCUCCUUCCGAACUAUCCCUCGAACACGGCAUGGCUCUCCGCAGAAGAAAGCGCUCUAGCAAGAUGGCGCCUCAGUCGCGAGGUCGACAGCGAGGAAGAUGAGGUCAACGAGUCGGUCUUUGUUGGACUGCGACAAGCUGUGACUGACCCCAAGGUCUAUCUCCUGGUCUUCAUCCAAACUGCCGCAGUCGUCUCAAUGAGUUUCACCUACUUCUUCCCGUCCAUCGUCCAAACGCUUGGCUACCCCCGAGUCGAGACGCUCCUCCUAACCGCACCACCCUACAUCAUGGCUUUUCUCUUCAGUUUGGCCAACUCGUGGCAUUCCGGACGCACUGGGCAACACUGCUUCAAUAUCGUCACUGCCUGCGUUAUUUCCGCCUGUGGUCAGAUCAUCUCCAUGUCGACACACAACACCGGCGCCCGCUACUUCGCCAUGUUCCUGCAGGCCAUGGGAUCUUUCUCGGCAUUCCAGGUCAUUCUUUCGUGGGUCUCCGCGACCAUUUCGCGACCGAAGGCUAAGAGGGCUGUUGCGCUUGCUCUGGCGACUGCGGUUUCGAAUGCGACGAAUAUUAGUACCGCGUAUCUGUAUCCUUCCUGGAAUGCUCCGCUCUACCGCAUGGGGUGCAUCGUUCUAACUGUCGCGUUGGUGUGCUGCGCUGUCGCUUCCCUUACGCUGCGAUUCUGGCUGCAGAAGUUGAACAAGAAGGCUGACCGAGCUGCUGGCCAUGAGGGCAUUGAGAAUGGCACUGGCGCCCUUUUCCGUUAUACCUUGUAAGAGGAUGCAGGGGAGUUGGGAAGGAAAACUGUAUAUAUGAAUGGUAAUGAAGAAAGAAGCGGACAUAUGCAACUGUCUCUUGUUGCGGCU